ACCAAACAGAGAAUAAAGGAAGACAGAUAAGAGAAAGAAAAAAAAGUUAGUAAAAUUUUCAAGACAACCUCAAACCUACAAAAACUACAGAUCUGUGUUUGUCUUCACAGCCUCCAAUUGUUUGUGUCAAUAUUAAUAUAUUUCCAUUUAUACCCUCAACUGUUUUCUUUAUUUCCUCUCUAAAAUUGAUGAAUAUAUUAUUCAUUAUUAUUGGUCACAGUCACACAGGUUUUGGUUGAAGUUGGUAUCCAAAGAGAAGAAAAACAAAAAACAAGAACAGUCUUUGGAUCCUUUAUCUCUCUUUCACAUUUUCCACUUAACUUUCUAACUCUCUUUUUUGUUCUCUCCUCAAACUUAACUCUUUUUUCUUCUUUUUUUCUAUAUAUAUAAAAAUACUAUCUUUUUUUUCUACUGAACUUAUUUUGGUUUUUUCUUUUGAGUUUUGACAACCCUUUUGGAUUGGGAAUCUGAUUCUGAACUCUAUUGGUGGAUUAUUAGUUUCAGCUUUGUUGGUUAUUGUUUUGGUGAUAAAAAAAUGAGUUCUUCAAUGAGGUUGGAUUCAGCUGUUUUUCAACUUACACCCACUAGAACAAGGUUUGACUUGAUUAUAACUGUGAAUGGAAAGAAGGAGAAAAUUGCCUCAGGCUUGCUCAAUCCAUUUCUUUCUCACUUGAAGACUGCUCAGGAUCAGAUGGACAAGGGUGGUUAUUCAAUUGUUCUUGAGCCUGAGGGUGGAAUUGAUGCCUGGUGGUUUACCAAGGGAACUCUUGAAAGGUUUGUUCGCUUUGUAAACACUCCAGAGAUAUUGGAACGUGUGUAUACUACAGAAUCUGAAAUCUUACAAAUUGAAGAGGCAAUUGCAAUUCAAGGAAAUAAUUCUAUAGGGAUUGGCACUGUGGAAGAAAACCAAGUCAAACAUGCAGAAAACACAGAAGGCAGGAAGGUUCAACAUGAUACCAAUGAGGAGAAAGCGAUUGUACUUUACAAGCCUGAUGCACAUCCACCGGAAGCAAAUGGAAAUGCCACAUCAGAAGGAAACUCAAAAGUUCAGCUUUUGAAAGUCCUAGAGACACGCAAAUCAGUGCUGCAGAAAGAGCAAGGCAUGGCAUUUGCACGCGCUGUUGCUGCUGGUUUUGACAUUGACCAUUUACCUGCUUUGAUGUCAUUUGCUGAAUGCUUUGGAGCAUCUCGAUUGAUGGAUGCAUCCACAAAAUUUAGAGAUCUUUGGAAAAGAAAACAUGAAAAUGGACAAUGGCUUGAAAUCGAAGCCGCUGAAAUGAUGUCCAACCGCCCAGAUUUUGCUGCAUUAAAUGGCUCUGGCAUUAUACUUCCCAAUAUGGCCUAUGCAUCCCAUACUGAAUUGGACUCGGAGAACAACGGGAAAGCAAGUUCAGAUUUGCCUCCAAUGGACCGUCAAGGCCACCAAGAUAAUAUGCACGGUCAAUUUCCACAUCAUAUGCUCCCUCCUUGGCCUGUUCAUUCUCCCCCUGGUACUGUACCGGUCUAUCAGUCAUAUCCAGUGCAAGGCAUACCCUACUAUCAAACAUAUCCUGGAAACAGUCCAUAUAUGCCGCCAAAUUAUCCACCCAUGGAGGAUCCUAGACUAACUCCUGGUCAAAAUAUGGGUUUCAGAAGGCAUUCCAUGGAUAGUAGGAACAGCAAUAAUGAAUCAGAAUCAAGGUCGCACGAUGAAGUAGAUAUGGAGAGGGAAGGUUCACAGACAGGAGAUCGACGAAAGAAGACUAGCCGAUCAGGUAGAAAGAAAUCUGGCAUGGUGGUUAUUAGGAAUAUCAAUUACAUAACAAAGACAGAAAACUCUUCUGGCAGUGGAUCAUAUUCAGAUUCUGCUUCCGAAACAGAUGAAGAUAUCGAUAAUCAGGAGCAUGUGAAGACUUCAAAAAGAAGGGAAUCCAGAAAAGAAUCUUCGAAGAAGUUGAAUUCAUCUGAUAAGGAAGAAACAGACCAUGCUACGGAUGCAGAUGGAGGACACUGGCAAGCUUUCCAAAAUUGUUUGCUCAGAGAUGUCGAUGAAGAUAGACAUGCCAUUGACCAUGAUCAAUUUGGUAUGGAAAAGGUGGAUGACACACGAAGAAAAAAACAUGUUUCAGUCAAUGAUCCCUUAGUUUUGAAUGAGCGGGAAAUGUAUGGAAUUCAAGGCAGUCGUACUUCUAAUGAUGCACAAUCUUUAGAAGUAAAUGGAAGAAGCGGUGGUUUCAGGAGGGCUGUUGGUGAUGAUUUCAUUGUUUCCAAACAAGGAAGUCAGUCCGGUAAUUCAUAUCCUUCCUCAGAUCUUGAAAUUACCGGCAGUGGACUAGGUUAUUCAAACGAUAAUUUGCAAAGGAAGUUGUUUCACGAUAUAAAUGAUGAUUCCUACAUGUUGGAGCAUAGAUCAAUCCAAGUCAAUGAUGCAGGAAAUGUUGACAGGAACAUGAUCGACAUAGACUCCGAGUUUCCGGUCCGUCAAAAGGAAGAAAACCCGUCAAAUGGGAUCAACCAUAUAAAUUAUCAGCUAGAUGAAUUAAGCAUGAUGCCUGAACGAGGAGCUGAAGGGGGGUCUAUGAGUUACGACCCUGCUUUAGACUAUGAAAUGCAGGCCCAGGCUGGUGGUGCUUUACAUGAUAAAAACAAAGAGGUAUUGGCUGAUGCUAAACCAGGAUCUAAGAGGUUGGAUAAGGAGCCAAAAUCAAAGCUUACUCCAAAUAGUACUGAUAAAAGAAAGACUGUUGGGCCGAUAAGGAGAGGGAAACCUUCUAAACUUAGUCCUUUAGAAGAAGCACGGGCACGUGCUGAGAGUUUACGAAACUACAAAGCUGAUCUCCAGAAAAUGAAGAAAGAGAAGGAAGAGGAAGCGAUUAAACGUAUAGAAACUUUAAAGAUGGAAAGGCAAAAGAGAAUUGCUGCCAAGAGUAGCUCAGUUGGUACACAGUCGCCAGAACCAUCUCAUGUUACCAAGAGACGUGUUCCAGCAAAACUUUCACCAAGCUCUCAUAAAGGAUCAAAAUUUAGUGAUUCAGAACCAGGGCCAUCGUCACCACUUCAAAGAUUCCCCGCCAGAACUGCUUCUGUGGGAUCAGCUGAUUCUGUGAAAACCUCAAAAACCAGCAGAUUGAGUGCUAGAAGCCACUUGACUGAUAACAAAUUAAGCCAAUCAGUGUCUUCUUUGCCUGAAUCUAAGCUAGAGAAGGGUGAUAGUGCAACUAAGGCAUCAAUGGCACGGAUUAGAAGACUGUCAGAACCUAAAAUGAGUUCCGUUCGUCAGGCUUCCGCUGUGAAACCUCAUGGUACAGGGACAAUAUCAAAGACUAAAGCAUCUGAUGGACCGGAGAGCAAAAAGAUUUCUGCUAUUGUGAAUCAUGAUAAGAGCAAGAUAGCGGCCCUCCCAGAACUGAAAGUUAGAACAUCUAAAGCAAGUGAAAUUGUACAAAAUACAUCAUCAGUGAAAGUGAAGACACAGAAAGUGAAUGAUAACAAGUCUUCAAUGAAUUCAGAAAGUACCAUGCUGAAGAAAAAUGAAACAGGAAUUUCAUCCAAUGAUGAUGGAGAUGACAAUCCUGUAAUUGAGAAAACUGUCGUGAUGCUUGAGCGCGAGAAACCUUAUGCCCCUGCUAUUUAUGCCCCAAAGAAAGAAUAUGAUAGUGAUAAAGUGGCAGGGAAAACUGAGACAUCAUCCAAUUAUGUUGCCAUCCGUGCUCCUGUUUCACCAUUAAGCAUGGACGAUAAAGAAACCUCAGAGAGCCAGUCACACAUGCAACCCAUAUCUACUGAGGUAAAAAUGGAUAAUACAGAAAAAGAACCUUCAAAAUCAUCCAGCAUUUCUAUUGCUGAGGAAACAUAUCAUGCUCCAUAUGCUCGAGUUUCUUCUAUGGAAGAUCCUAGUACAAGAAAUAGUGAGUAUGGCAAAGCAGCUCCCACAAUGUUAGACACUGCAGCAAUUGGUACAGACGCUGGUAAAGCACGUGUGUCUGACAUCAGAAAUGCAGCGCUUGAAAAGAUACCAGAAGCAACUGAGAAGCCUCAAGUAAAAGAAUCACCAAAAGGGUUCAGACGACUGCUGAAGUUUGGGAAAAAGAGUCAUAGCCCGGCUACACGCAAUGUGGAAUCAGAUAAUGUCAGCAUUGAUGGUUCCGAGGCAGAUGAGAUCGGAACUAAUGGCUCCUCUAACGAAGUUCAUACUUUAAAGAAUUUGAUCUCUCAAGAUGAAACUCCCACUGCCAGCACAGCUCAACAAAAGUCUUCUCGCUCGUUUUCGUUGUUAUCACCAUUUCGAAAGAAUAGUGAAAAAAAGGUAAUGAUGGCUUGAUAGAGUGGAUGCUGUUAUUGGUAAGGUUGAUGCAGUCACAAGCUUAAACCCUUCACUUGAUUUUCUUUCUUUUUUUGGUCCUAAAUUUCGGGAUCAGGAAAAGAUAACCGAGUUAUGUAUUGCUAUGAAACUGAUAUUUGUAUAUUCAUGAAACAUUGUUGAUAUCCCCAAGUGAUUAAGGAUGCUUUUUUCUCUUUUCUGCUUUCACCGGAACAAAUAUUUGAACAUUUUUGUUUUGAUCCGACAACACAUUUCGUGCAAAACAUAAUACAGUUUCUUUACUA